AUAUUUCAAUUGUUUAGCUAGAGAAGGCCAAUUAGAGGAUGGAUAGAACUGUUGAUGCCGAUAUUGUGAUCGUGGGAGGUGGUAUUUGUGGCCUUGCAACAGCCCUUGCCCUUCACAGGAAGAGAAUUAAAAGUCUGGUGUUAGAAAGAUCAGAGAAUUUGCGAGCCACAGGAGCAGCUAUAAUAGUGCAGGCAAAUGGCUGGCGUGCACUUGAUCAGCUUGGCAUUGGCUCAACACUUAGACAAACUGCUAUUCAAAUAGAAGGGGGAAGAUUUAUAUCUCUCAACGAGGCUGAGCCAAUGGAAUUUCCAUUUGGGGUUAAUCAGGAACUUCGUUGUUUAAAGCGUACUGAUCUGGUGAAAGCCAUGGCCGAUAAUUUACCGGUGGGGACUAUACGUACGAACUGUCAAGUGGUUUCCAUUGAAUUAGAUCCUUUAACACACUCUCCACAGCUUCUGCUUAGCAACGGAAGCAUCCUUCAAGCUAAGGUUGUUAUUGGAUGUGAUGGCGUGAAUUCUGCCAUUGCAAAUAUGUUUGGGUUACACCGAACGAAGCUCUUGCUUUUCUCUACAUGUGUUGCACGAGGCUUCACAAAUUUUCCAAAUGGUCAUCAAUUUGCCAGUGAGUUUGUUGUGAUGAGCAGAGGUCAAGUCCAACUCGGAAGAAUCCCAGUGUCUGACCAGCUCGUUUAUUGGUUUGUCACAAGGCCAAGGACUUCUAAAGAUUCAACAAUUUGGAAAGAGCCAGUUCUUAUUAGGCAGUCAUUAAUAGAAUCAAUGAAAGGUUUCCCAGAAGGGGCUGUGGAGAUGAUACAAAACUGCAAGUUGAGCUUCUUGCAUCUGACUGAGUUGAAGUAUCGAGCACCGUGGGACUUGGUCUUGAACAAGUUCAGGAAAGGUACAGUGACAAUUGCUGGUGACGCAAUGCAUGCCACAGGCCCAUUCAUUGCACAGGGUGGCUCAGCUUCCAUAGAAGAUGCCCUGGUUCUGGCUAGAUGCCUGGCCCAAAAGAAAUUUGCGGAAGGGAUGAACAUCGCAGACGCAGAAGAAGCAUUUGAUCAAUAUCUCAAAGAAAGGAAGAUGAGAAUCUUUUGGCUCUCUUUGCAUUCUUUCCUUGUUGGGAAGAAGCUUGACACCAAAUCAUCCAUAGUCAGAUUCAUUAUCCUUGCAAUCAUGGCCAUUCUGUUUAGAGACCCCGAUUGGCAUUCCCGCUAUCAUUGUGGACUUCUAUAGGAUGAUUUUUCAUUUCAACUAAUCUUAUGCACAUAUACUGCUACUAUUAUUCAAUACAUCAAUUUAUUCCAUAAAAUAUCAUUAAUAAAAGCUCUGAUUAUGUAUUCAUUUUUGGAUUAUUUUACAUCAAGAUUGUAGCCGAUGAUUAA